CACAGAAUUCAUCGGUUGUGUAUAUACAUAAAACCCUACUCGAUCGUAAUUACAUAAUAAAAGACUAUAAAAGAGGAAAGAUUCGUUUACUCCAUAGCAGUAGGUGUACACUAGUCACUUCAUCACGUGGUUUAUAUUAAUUCAGAUAUAAGACAUAAGUAUCAACGCCAGCGAGUUGUUUUAAAUCCAGCAAGGAUGAAUAUUAUACUAACACUUUGCGCGGUAUUAUUAUCAUCCAAUCUCGGUUAUUGUGAAAAUAAUCCAGAAUGGUGGAAGACAAUGUCUCUUUAUCAAAUUUAUCCCAGAAGUUUCAAAGAUAGUGAUGGUGAUGGUGUCGGAGAUCUUAAAGGUAUCACGAGCAAAUUAGGCCAUCUCGUUGAAGCAAAUGUCGAUGCUUUCUGGUUAUCUCCGAUUUAUCCUAGUCCAAUGGUGGAUUUCGGCUAUGACAUUUCUGAUUUUGUCAACAUCGACGAGACAUUUGGCACCAUGAAAGAUUUCGAAGAGCUUGUAAAAGCCGCACACGACGUAUCCAUAAAAGUCAUCAUGGAUUUUGUCCCUAAUCACUCGUCAAAUAAGCACGAAUGGUUCGAAAAGAGUGUGAAAAGCAUAGAACCGUAUACCAACUACUAUGUGUGGCACAAGGGCAAGGUAUUAACGAAUGGAACUGUUAUGGCACCGAAUAAUUGGGUAAGUGUAUUCGGUGGACCAGCAUGGACUUGGUCUGAAGAACGAAAAGCAUAUUAUUUGCAUCAAUUUGCACCAGAACAGCCUGAUCUCAAUUAUGAAAACGAGGAAGUAGUAAACGCAAUGAAGGAUGUCUUAAGAUUUUGGCUCAAUAAGGGAGUGGAUGGAUUUCGAAUAGAUGCGGUACCACAUUUGUGUGAGGACGUUAGAUUCUUGGACGAGCCACUCACGGGUAACCCAAAUCCUAAUGAUUACGGUUACACAGAUAAAAUAUACACAAAAGAUCAGCCGCGAACCUACGAAAUAGUCAAAGGAUGGCGAAAAGUACUGGAUGAGUACCAAGACCAAAAAGUUAUGAUGAUCGAAGCUUACGCAAACAUGACGAUGACAAUGAAAUAUUAUAUAUAUGGUGCACACUUUCCCUUCAAUUUUGCUUUGAUCACUGAUACGAAUCGAGAUUCGAAAGCAAGCGAUUUCAAGAGACUGAUCGACAAAUGGAUGGUGAACAUGCCUGUUUUGGGAGGAACUCCUAAUUGGGUGGCUGGAAAUCAUGAUAAAUCAAGAUUAGUCACUCGUUACGGACGGCAACGAGCUGAAUCUGUAACUAUGAUGACUCUUCUACUUCCGGGAAUAGGUGUAACUUAUAACGGUGAAGAAAUCGGAAUGGAAGAUACAUGGAUCUCAUGGGAAGACACCAAAGAUCCGCAAGGUUGCAAUGCUGGCAAAGAGGGUUAUGAGAAAGCAUCCCGAGAUCCCGCUAGAACCCCAUUCCAAUGGGAUAAUACUACUUCGGCUGGAUUCUCUACAAACCCGAAGACAUGGCUGCCAGUUAAUAAAAAUUAUCUGACACUUAAUUUAGCCGCACAAAAGGAAGGCAAUACCCACAACUCUUACUAUAAGUUAUAUAUAAGAACGUCUGAUUUACGAAAAAAGCCGGCAUUUAAAUUUGGAUCUUUGACCACGAGAUUAUUGAACAAUAAUGUUCUCUCUCUUACUAGGAGAUUUUCUAAUAGUACAUUUACACAAGUAAUUUAUGUAGCAGUAAACUUUGCAGAUAAAGAAGAAACUGUUGAUUUAUCAAUGCUUGAUGAUGAACCAAAUGAAUUAAAUGUUUAUUAUGCUAGUUCAAAUAGCCAACAUCUCAUUGGAAAUAUCGAUGAUAUUCAUGCCUUGAAAAUUCCCGCAUCAGGCAGUGUAAUAUGUACAAAUAUAAAUACAGAUAAAACCAGGUAAAAUGGAUAAUAAAAAUAUUUUAACAAGACAUCGUGAAAUUCAUCGCAAUUUUUAUAUCGCAGUUUUAUAAAGAAAUGGGAUUACUCAUAAUCAACUGGAAUAAUUCUAUUACGUUUCUAUCAUCUUGCUUUACCGUUUCUAUAUUAUAUAUGUUGCACUAUAUUCCAGUUUCUUUUUUAUUUCUUGAUGUUCUAUUUUUAGAGCCAUCUUAAUUAAAUUUGUCUGUAAAAUUAAUAUUAAA